AUGGAACCAUCUGUUGCCGUGGGCUACGCGGCCUUGGGCUACACCUGGGGCAAGGUAAUUCCGGAAAGACCCAAGUUUCAAAAGCAAAGGGCGGCGAACAACGGCAACACGGGCAUUCCACUCCCCAAAAAGCUACCAGGAACCAUUGCAGCUGCUAUUAAGCUGGCGUCUGACAUUGGCAUUGAGUAUUUGUGGGUCGAUUCUAUUUGCAUUGAUCAGGAAGAUGGUUUUGAGAAGCAGGUACAGCUAGCGAACAUGGCUGAGAUAUACGGCCGAGCCACGGUUUGCUUGGUUGUGGUAGCUGGAGAUAAUAUGGACUUUGGUCUUCCAGGAUUCAGCAAUAGCCGGACUCGAGACGCCCAAUCGCCUCUAUAUCUACGGGGCUACACUCUAGGACGGGGACUAGAACACCCUUCCAACAGUAUUGAGAAGACGUAUUGGAGCACGAGAGGCUGGACUUUUCAAUAG